AUGAUUAAUGCGAUAAAUCGAAUGCUAAAUUGUUUGAAUUGGGUCAGAUCAGGUGACAUCAAAGAAGAGAAAAUGCAUAUUGAGAAGUAUAUUGUGCCACCUGAUCCAUUUCAUAGUUUGGUUUUUACCUUGGAUGCAGCUAAUCUUAAUAAAUGUGAAGUGGAUAUUGCAUUUCCCAGACUUCUCGCAGAGUUAGACUUAUCACCCGAAAAUCAAAAGUUGUUACUCGAUCAGCCAAUUGAAAAGAAAUGUUUAAUGCUCACAGAACAAAAUGCUAUACGAGAUAAAUAUGGCAUAGGUAAUAGUAAAAUAGCAGAGAAAUUCUUGGAGAUUAUUCAAGGAAAUAGUUUAUUAGACAGUGAUAAAAAUCUUUAUGUCUUGGAAGCGCUGUUUAUUUCGUUAAGGACACAAUCACACAGUUAUGUGGAAAAUUUUGUCAAAUUAGGUGGCAGUGGACAUUUAAAAAGUUUACUAAGUGAAUGUUCGAGACGAUCAGGGCUGGAACAGCAUGCAUCUGCUAUUUUACUUUGCUUUCGAGCACUUCUUAAUUCAACGGUUGGUCGGUUGGUUAUUUUAUCAUCGAAUGACACACUUUGUGUCAUUGCGUCGUCCACUUCUCUUCCAAGUGCUAAAUGCAAGGUUUUGUGCUAUGAAAUAUUAGCCGGUAUUUGUUUGAUACCUGAUGGACAUCAAAAAGUGCUGCAUGCAAUAACGGAUGCACAAAGAAUUCUUGGAGAAAGGACGAGAUUUCAACGGUUGGUAGACGAUAUCUACCGGAAUUACGGCAACGAUCGUGAAACUGACCGAGUACGCACAGCUGCGAUGAGCCUAAUUAAUGCAUUAUUAAGCACUGGUCCUGCUGAGAAAUCAUUGGAAUUUCGUAUGCAUUUACGAUUUGAACUAUUAAUGUUAGGAUUGCAUAAUAUCCUGGAACAACUUCGUGCUACUUCGUCAACCGUUUUGGACGAUCAUUUCGAUUUGUUUGAAAUGAGUAGACAAGAGGAUGAGCAGCAUUUUGCCAGGAGAGACUCGGGGACAUCAACACCAAUUGAUGUGGAAAAUCCAACAGAUAUCAUUGAUAUAUUAAUGGAACGAUUGAAUAAUACCAUUGCAAUGCCUCAUUUCAUUUCCAUUUUGCAGCAUCUUAUGCUUGUAUCAUCCGAUCAUAAACAUACCCAUAUAUGGAGACUACUCGAUAUUGUACUACAACAGUUAGUAUUACAUGCAAAAAUGGAAGUUUGUACAGAUUUGCAAGAACCUGUCAUAAGCAUAGAUAUAAAUAAAACUUUAUCCAGAUUACAUACACAGCAUGAAUAUGAAAAUCUUGAAAGGAUGUAUAAUGAAUUGGAAGAAGAAUUACGAAAAGAGAGAAUGAAUGUGAUUGAAUUGCAAAAUCGCCUGGCUGAUUGCGAUUUGCGCUCCAUUUAUUCCAGAACUAGCGCAGAUUCGACAGAUUCGACAUUUCCGUCCGAUCCUUGUGAAUCUCCAAGUCCAUCAUCAUCUUCGGUACCACCGAUAUGUCCACCGUUACUACCUCCACCACCACCGCCACCAUCACUACUACAGCUUAGCAUGCAUCGUGAUCGAACUGUACCGGAAGCAAUCGGCGCAAAUGAAAAUACAAAAAAGAUACCGAAAUCAACAGCACAACUGAAAACGCUUAAUUGGAUAAAAAUUCCUAAAGAUAGAAUUUUUGGCACUGUUUGGGAGAAUAUUAAUGAGGAAAAAUUGUAUGAAAAGUUAGAUCUCGAAGAUGUUACACAAAAUUUUUCAAUUAGCAAGAUAUCGAUUGAUGAAAUGGAAUCAGUAAGUGAAACAUUACGUAGACAGCAUCGUGCCGAAACAUCCAUUUCCGUCAUCGAACCUCGUCGUGCCCAAAAUUGCACGAUUAUGCUAUCGAAGCUUCGGUUAUCAAAUAAACAAAUUAAGCAUGCCAUUUUGUCAAUGGAUCAAUAUGGCGAAUUACCACGUGAUAUGAUCGAACAAAUGUUAAAAUUUUUGCCGACUAAAGAAGAAAUUAUGAAAAUACGCGAAAUCGUGGAUAAAUACAAAACUGUCAAUGUAUUAUCAGUAGCAGAUCGAUUCUUUUAUGAAAUUAGCAAUGUUCCGCGACACGAAGAACGCUUGCGUUGUUUGCAUAUUAUUAGUACCUAUCGAGAACGCAUCAAUGAUGUUUCUAAUACUGUUGAAACAGUAACAAAUGCUUCAACAGCUGUAAUAGGCAACAAACGUUUAAGACAACUUUUACGUAUAAUUCUAGCAGUAGGCAACAUUCUGAAUUGUGGAAAACGUAAUGGAAAUGCUUAUGGAUUCACAUUAGCUUCGUUGCGAUUACUCACAGACGUACGAAAUUCAUUACGUUCCGAUCGUAACUUACUGCACUAUAUCGUUGAGCAAUUCGAAAACAAGAAGUCAGAUGUACUAGGCCUGAAACGUGACCUAGAAAGUGUCUAUCAGGCUGCUAGGCACAGUCGUAAAGAAAUGGAACAAGAACUGUGUGCUUUACGUAAAUCAAUCAAAAUUGCAACGGAAGCGUUAAAAGAUACCGAAACAAUAAAUGAAGACGAAACGUGGAAUAACAAACGUGACAAGAACGUGGAUCGUUUUGUAGAAGUGCUGAAGGAUUUCCUGAAUUCUGCUGAAAAUGAUUUUGCACAAGUUGAGAAGCAAUAUGGUGAUAUGGAUACCAAGUUCCGGGUAUGUGUGAGGAUGUUUGCAGAAGAACCGAGAAACACUUCACCGGAUGAUUUCUUCGGUAUAAUCUCGAAAUUUUUAACUGCACUAACCGAAUGUCAUCAACAGAUUUGGGAAGAGCGUGAAAAUUUGGAACGACUUAAAAAGCAAACAAUGGCACGAUCAAUACUGUCUAAAAGAUCUCGACAACGUGACAAUCAUAGUCGUAACUUUGAUCAAUUAGUUACAGCGUUACAAAGUGGUGAAAUAUUUUCCGAAGAAUUGACACGUCUAAGGACGUCAUUUCGUUCACGGAAGAAAUUAGCCUAG